GUUGGCGGCCGAACCGGAAGUGGGCUCCGCACCGGGGCUGGGGCUCCAUUGGUACGUUUGGGUCCCGCGCGGGUGCGGACCGUCCAAGUUUCAGCAGCGCCCGCGGCUCUGGUUUGAAGUCACUUGCGACGACCCUUCUGCCCGACCUCCCGGACCUCGUGGCGGCCUCCCUGGAGACGGGUCCGAGUGUGCCCGGCUGCAGCUGCGGUUCUACUGUGUGCUUUCCGUCAGGCAUGAAGCCUUCUGCAAGCUAAGAGAAGGAGCCGUGGUCACUAUGGAGGACAAAAGGCGGCGAGCCCGGGUGCAGGGGGCCUGGUCUGUCCCAGCGAAAGGCCAGGCCCCGGCUCCUCCAGGCAAGGCCCUGCGGGGAGCUUCGAGGGACGACUCCACCGAGAAGAGUCCUUCCCACCGGAAGCCUGGCCUGACCUGGGCGAACAAGGAGCUUCAUCCGGGCGACAGACAGUUCCUGUUCACUGAGCCCCAGCAGGUUGCCCGCCGGGUCCCAGAGCCGCGCGUCAUUGACAAAGCGGGCGUGUAUGACAUCAGCCUGGCGCCGACGGGUGUGUCCAGGGUGUCCUUGUACCCGGGCUUCGUGGCCGUGGAAGAAGCUGACCGCGCGCUGGAGCAGCUCUGUCGAGACGUCCCCUGGCAGCAGAGAACUGGCAUCCGCGAACAUGUGACUUACCAGCAGCCGCGACUCACAGCGUGGUAUGGAGAGCUUCCGUACACUUACUCGAGAAUCACUCUGGAACCCAACCCGCACUGGCUGCCCGUGCUCCUCGCGCUCAAGGGCCAGGUGGAGGCGAACACGGGCCACCGCUUCAACUCGCUGCUCUGCAACCUGUACCGCGACGAGAAGGACAGCGUGGACUGGCACAGCGACGACGAGCCCAGCCUGGGCCCACGCCCCGUCAUCGCCUCCCUCAGCCUGGGCGCCACCCGCACCUUCGAGAUGAGGAAGAAGCCGCCCCCCGAGGAGGACGGCGACUACACCUACGCGGAGAGAGUGAGGAUCCCGCUGGGCCACGGGGCCUUGCUGCUUAUGGAGGGCGCCACUCAGGCUGACUGGCAGCACCGAGUGCCCAAGGAGUACCACUCGAGAGAGCCACGUGUGAACCUGACCUUCCGCACAGUUUACCCAGACCCCGGAGGGCCGCACUCGUGAGUGAGGGGCCCCCGACGCUGAGCAAGGCUUCCCCGUGACGUGUGCUGCUGCUGUGUGCCAGGUCGGGGCGGGACCCCUGGUGGGCAGCCGUCGCUGUCCGUGUUCACUGCGGGAACGUGGUCCCCGAGGGCCUCUGUAUCUCGCCACAUUAAAAGCGGCUGCGGCUGGUUUGCCUGU